AUUAGUGUUCUAGCAUUCUAGUGAUCAUCUGAUUUACUUCAAAGUAGAAUUGAGAAUACAUCCACAAAGAACUGCCUUUUCCACUAUCACAUAUCACUUAAUGUGAAUAAUACACAACAAGCUCUGUUUACAGUAUCCACACACACUCCAACACCAUGAAAGUUUUAUGGCACACCUCAGGCCGCAGUUUGUCACAUGAUGUUGUCUGGUCACGUGACCUCAUCGGAAGUUGCCUGGUGCUGCUCGCGAGUGGACGCUUGUAAACAUGCGGCAACCGGAGAGGAACCCUUCAAUCAACCACUGAGGGGCAAAACAAGCCUGUUGAACAGACUCGGGUCCUGUUGUACUGUGAAUUAAACUGGGAUUUUAUCCUCUACGCGGGAUUUUAAAUCGCUGACAUGGCCGAGGUGGACGCGAAUAAAGUCCAUCAUGUUUCCUCCGAAGAGGAUAGGCUACUGUUUCCGGUGACAGGCUAUGGUUUGAAUGACUGCAGGGAUGAGUAUAGCAACCCAAGGCCAUCCCCAGUUGCAGGUGGCUGGAUAGGUGCUGACCAAGAAGAGGAAGCAUUGCGCAGGAAGUUAAAAUAUUUCUUCAUGAGUCCCUGUGAAAAGUACCAAGCCAAAGGCCGAAAACCUUUUAAACUUGUUUUGCAAAUACUGAAGAUUCUUAUAGUAACUAUACAGCUGGUACUUUUUGGCUUAAGCAAUGAGAUGGCGGUGACGUUUAAGGAGGAAAACACAGCCUCGUUUAAACACCUUUUUCUCAAAGACUAUGAUGAUUCAAAUGAUGCACUUGCUGUUUACACACAGGGUGAUGUUUAUGACCACAUGUUUUACACAAUAGAACAGUACCUGGCUUUGCCAGAGAAGACAGUGGGCCGUUAUGCGUAUGUGUAUAAUGUCGGUGUGAAUGGAAGUGCGCUCUCUCUGUGUCAACAGUAUUAUAAAAAAGGCAGGAUUGACCCAGCUAACGACACCUUCAACAUCGAUCCGCAUGUGGUCACAAACUGUAUCGGAGUGAACCCAUUGUCCGCUCCCACACCAGGUCUGGGCCUUGAUUACAGGAACUUCACCCUCAAGUUUCACAAGCUCAUUAAUGUCACCAUACAGUUCCAGUUGAAGGCUAUAAAUCUUCAGACCAUCAUCCACAAUGAAAUUCCUGACUGUUACACUUUCUUCAUUACGAUUCUGCUGGAUAACAAGGCCCACAGUGGUAAAGUUAAGAUCAGUCUUGAUAAUCAGGCCUCCAUUAAGGAGUGUAAAGACCCAAGUGUGUCUGGACACGCUGAUAGUUAUGCUCGUGUGUGGUUUGACGGGGCCGUUUUAUUGGUGUGUGCUUUCUCUCUGCUCCUCUGUGGUCGCUCUAUAAUCAAAGGAAUAAUUCUUCAAAAUGAGUUUGUGAAGUACUUUAAGACCUCUCUGAAGCGUGAUGUUUGUUGGGGAGACAGAAUGGAGUUUAUUAACGGAUGGUAUAUUCUGCUCAUCAUUAGCGAUGUGCUAACUAUCACAGGCUCCUUCAUCAAGAUCGGCAUUGAGCUAAAGAACCUCUCAUCCUACGAUGAGUGUGGGAUCCUCUUGGGCACCUCAACGUUACUGGUUUGGGUUGGAGUUAUUCGCUACCUCACCUUUUUUCAGAAGUACAAUAUUCUCAUUGUCACUUUAAGAGCUGCAUUCCCUAAUGUGAUCCGUUUCUGUUGCUGUGUGGCGGUGAUCUACCUCGGUUAUUGCUUCUGUGGGUGGAUUGUGCUGGGACCCUACCAUGUGAAGUUCCGCUCUCUCUCACUGGUGUCUGAGUGUCUUUUCUCUCUGAUCAAUGGAGAUGACAUGUUUGUGACCUUCAGCGGCAUGCAAGAGAGCAGCAUGCUUGUCUGGGUCUUCAGUCAGGUUUACCUUUACACGUUCAUCUCUCUGUUCAUUUACAUGGUGCUCUCUCUCUUUAUCGCUCUUAUCACUGGAGCUUAUGAGACCAUCAAGCAUCAAACUCAGGAGCCUGUCCAUAUCACCGAUCUGCACGCAUUCAUCGCUGAGUGCACUGACACGGCCAGCUCUGGAAAGUUCCGCGGGAUCGAGACCUCGCCGUGCGCUGUCUUCUGCUGCUGUGACAGAACCACCACAUAUGAGGAUGUGCACCUCGUCAACUAGUACAAUCAUGGGACUUGAUGCCUGAAGAUCCCUCUGUUGGUCACCUUGACAGUACUGCAACCGGAAGGAAGCCAGUGGCAAUGUGAGGAAAACUCCAGACAAAAUACCCAAGAAGUCACAGUCGCUUCACUUUGGACCUUAAGUGGUGAAGAGCAUAUAUGAUGUUUACAGAAGAAUUGCUCCAGUCUGUGAAAAUUUAAGUUUUACCUCAAAUUGAUUUUAGUUUUAACUUUUAUCUGGAGGUUGCUAAAGGCAGCCCAGCACUGUCUCUUUGUCUGUACUGAUAAAAACACUAAGAAGGUUUGAAUCGAGACCGUAUUAGACAGAUAACACACUGCACACGUGCAGGCGAUAUGUACAAUAAUCAUUCCCUGAAUGUUGAUCCCACAUGUUUGUUCAGUGCACGUGCUGUGGUGUGCAAGUGGGUCAUCUGUGGCCAAUACUGGGAGACAUAGUGGUCAAUGAUUAUAUUGCUGUUCGUUCUGUUGGAUAGUUUUUUAUGUCUUUGAGUAACUUCUAGUCAUGUGUAACUUCUGCACCAGAAGAAGACUGAACUGGCAGGCCUAAGCGUUUAGCAGAUGUAGACCUUUGCUGCAAAAAAAGAUGAGGAGACCAUGUGAUUAAACAUCAUUAAAUAUAA